UUUUCGUUAUACAGUUUUCUUAUAGGGCAAGAUCUUGCUGGUGUACUUCCACCAUCUGUUGCAAAGUUGCCCUACAUAACACAAGUUGAUUUCACCAGGAACUACCUCAGUGGUACUAUACCGCUUGAAUGGGCUUCUACAAAGUUGGAACAUCUGUCCGUGAAUGUGAACAACUUAUCAGGACAAAUCCCUCGCUACUUGGGGAACAUUAAAACUCUAAACUAUCUGAACUUACAGACUAACCUGUUUUCUGGAACUGUUCCUCAUGAGCUUGGGAAUUUGGUUAACUUGGAGUUUUUCAUUCUCAGUGCAAACUAUCUCACAGGCGAAUUGCCAGUGGCUUUCACUAAUCUGACCAAAUUAAGAGAAUUUAGGAUUAGUAGUAACAACUUCACGGGAAGAAUACCUGAUUAUUUGGAAAAUUUUAAACAACUUGAGAAAUUAGAGAUCCAAGCUAGUGGUCUCCAUGGGCCCAUUCCGUCUAGCAUUUCUGUCUUGAGUAAUUUAAAAGAACUAAGGUUCAGUGACUUAAAUGGAGGGGGUUCAAAAUUUCCAAACUUGAGUAAUAUAAAGGGCAUGACAGACUUAAUGCUGAGGAGCUGCAAUUUAUAUGGACCUAUCCCUGCUUAUAUAUCAGCAAUGGAAAAUUUGACUACAUUAGAUCUCAGCUUCAACAAAUUGGAAGGAAAUAUUAAUAUUUCUGACUAUGAAAAUAUUUCUGACUUGGAUUACUUGUAUCUAACAAGCAACUGGCUCACCGGGUCUGCUCCAUACGGGAUCAACAGCUACGAUGUUCCCUACAUUGCAGAUAUUUCUUACAAUAAUUUUUCUGAGAGCUCUGAGACAACUACUUGCGGAAACUUCCUAGAGUGCUUGAAGAACUUUCCAUGUACAGAAGAUCAGUACUCGUUGCAUAUAAAUUGUGGUGGAAAACAAACCACCAUUAAAGGAGUCACCUUUGAAGAAGAUCAAGACCCAGGAGGUGAAGCAACAUUCGUUCCUCGGAGAACUAUCUGGGGAACCAGUAGCACUGGAUUUUUCUGGGAUUCUGACGUCUCUAAUGCAGGCUACAUUACAAAAAAUGUAUCUAUACUUAGAAUGAACAACUCUGAGUUGUACACAAGUGCACGCCUCUCUCCUCUUUCUCUCACGUAUUAUGCACGCUGCUUUGGAAACGGCAAUUACACCGUGAAACUUCACUUUUCGGAGAUAACGAUCAGAGGCAAUAGAUCUUUUCGUAGUGUUGGAAGACGGAUAUUUGAUAUUUAUAUUCAGGAGAAACUGGUGUGGAAGGAUUUUGAAAUUAAAAAGGAAGCACACGGCGUUGAUAAAGAACUCAUUAAGGAAAGUAAAGCAGUUGAGGUUAAGAAUAAAACUUUAGAGAUCCGAUUUCAUUGGUCUGGGAAAGGGACAACAGCUUCUCCAAAGGAAGGAACAUAUGGUCCUCUUAUAUCUGCUAUCUCUAUAGAGCCUGGAAAUGUACCAAAAAUACAAACAAGAAACUGUGCAAUUCAUCUCUUUCUUUUCGAUCUUUCUAUCUCAAUUUGGUCUUUACAACAUCCUACAAGAUUCUGCUAUGAAUUGAUAUACCGGACAUAUGACGGCAUCUCAUAUAUAGAGCUGAAACUUGUAUUCUCUGUUGCUGAUCUUUUCUUUUCACUUUUUUAUUUGCUAGAGUUCAAGCCUCCUCAUGGUAGCAAAAGCAAGGUACCUAUUGUAGUGGGAGCUUCGGUCUUGUUCCUCAUUUUCUUGAUUUUCGGCAUUCUUUGGUGGAAAGGCUGUCUGGAUAGCAAGAUAUCUAGGGAAAAAGAGCUGAGAGGACUGGAUCUGCAAACUGGUUUUUUCACCUUCAAGCAAAUUAAAGCCGCCACUAAUAAUUUUGAUCCUAUAAACAAAAUCGGGGAAGGCGGUUUUGGACCUGUCUACAAGGGUAUAUUAUUGGAUGGUACUAUAAUUGCAGUUAAGCAACUUUCAUCCAAAUCAAAGCAAGGAAAUCGAGAAUUUGUAAAUGAAAUAGGCAUGAUUUCUGGUUUACAACAUCCAAAUCUUGUUAGAUUGUAUGGAUGCUGUAUUGAAGCAAACCAGUUACUGUUGGUAUAUGAAUACAUGGAAAACAACAGCCUUGCACGUGCUUUGUUCGUUCCGGAGGAAAGUCCUUUAAAAUUGGACUGGCCUACAAGGCAGAAAAUAUGCAUAGGCAUAGCAAGAGGUCUAAAUUUUUUGCAUGAGGAAUCAGCACUGAAGAUCGUACAUAGAGACAUUAAAACUACAAAUAUAUUACUAGACCGAGACCUUAACUCCAAGAUCUCGGACUUCGGGUUGGCCAGGCUUGACGAAGAGGAGAACACCCACAUUAGCACUAGAGUUGCUGGAACUGUAGGAUAUAUGGCGCCAGAAUAUGCACAAUGGGGUUAUUUGACCGACAAAGCAGACGUCUACAGCUUUGGUGUUGUUACAUUGGAAAUUGUUGCUGGAAAGAGCAACAUGAAAUAUCGACCAAAUGCGAACUUUGUAUGCCUUGUGGAUUGGGCUCUUGUUUUACAACAAAAAGGGGAAUUAUUGGAGCUGGUGGAUCCCAGAUUGGGGUCCGAUGUCAGUGAGGAAGAGGCCAUUAGGAUGAUUAAAGUUGCUCUCUUAUGCAUCAAUGCAGCACCAGCGCUUAGGCCUACCAUGUCUGCAGUAGUGAGUGUGCUUGAAGGGCGUACGGCUGUUCAUGAAUUGGUCACGGAUCCAAGUACUUACAGUGAUGGACUGAGGCUAACAGCCUUGACAAACCAGUUUGAUCACAAUUCAUCACAGAAUCAAAGUCAAACUCAGAGCCUUAUUCUUUCAUCAUCAGAUGCAUCAUGGAUUGGUUCUUCUGCUACUACUACAUCUUCUGAUCUCUAUAAAAUCAAUCCCAGUACUAGUUCUUGCUAAUGUACUCUAGGCUAGCCUUUAAUGAUGAGAUUCUCUGCAGUUUCAUCAAUAGCUGAAGAAAGAGCUGUAGAUUUCUCUAGGCUAGCCUUUAAUGAUUGCUGGGUAGCUUUGAGUUUCUCAAAACUUUCAACAUCAACCAUUGCCAAAAGAACUAUCUAUCUAUCUAUCUUUCUUUCUCAGAAUCCCCAACAAUUAACUGAAAUAACUUGUGUCACCUUUUAUAGUGCACAAAGAUUUUAGAAGAGUGCAAUACAAAAUUCUGUCAUGGUUUCUUCUAAACUACUCAAACUUACCAAAUCAAAUUAAGAGAAUAACCAUAUUCAAAGCAACCCUCAGUUGCAAGAUAAACACUACAAUACAUAAAUACCAAAUUAUAUACAUACAUAAACAGCCAGACUAUCUCCUAGCUUCUGUGGAAUUCUGAAAAUUGGUAGUUUUGUACACAAAAACUCAUCUCCAAAGAAAGAUUUAGGGCGCUGUCCUAAAAUUGUUUGCCCAUAAUUAACUUUUCAAAAGUCCUCCAAAUUUUGUUAGAACAUCAUUAAUAUAACUUCUAGUAUGGUGAAGGUUAUGAAAAGUUUAUUUGUUGAUCUUUUUUUUUUUUUUUGGGUUUCCAGAAGUAAUUGUUUCUUUUGCGUAUAUAAAUAUCAAGGACAAACAAACAAAUGGUUAGUAAGUAUGGCUGCAUAAUCAAAUAUUCGCAAAGACAAAUCAAAAUAUAAGAUACAAAAUUAAUUACUCCGUUUUUUGUUUUUUCUGAAUCAUCAAAAUUAAUUACUCUUUUUUUUCUUGCACCCUAACCCUAAACCCAACCUCAUUUUCAAUCUGUUAGAUCAAAGCACAGAAAAACAUUGUUUGAAAGAGAGAGAUGGACUUGGAGUCCUGGAGCUUGGCAGUGGACUUCUUUUCGACGCCGAGAACGAUGGUGUCGGUGCCACGUACGCCGACGGCGGCGUUACCCUUGCGCACAGCUUUUAGAUGGAGAUCGAUUUUCGAAUCAAAAGAGAAGAAGGCGAGGAAACAGGUGAACAAUGGAAGCGGAUGGAAAGAAGAAGGCAACGAAGAAGGUGAACGAUGGAAACAAAAACUGAAGGCUUGGGCAGAUGGUUCUGCAAAAACGUCGAACAAAAAUUUCGAGUGACUAAAAUAUUAGAAUCAAGGAGAAUUGAAAUAUAUGUACAUCACUUGUGUAAACCACAAAAAUUAAUGCAAGGCAAAUGCUUUAAAAUCAAACA